CAUGAAGUCUUAAGAUAUACAGUGAAGAAAAUCACCAAGGGACCUAAAACACAAAACACAAGGCUCUACAAAAUCAGUACAAGCACAAAAGACAAUUGUCCUAGAACACUGAGGGAUCUGUCAAGAAUCAGAAUUGAAAUCACCCAAAUAAGCACUGUUUCUUCCAAGAGACAGCCUAAGAAAUCCUCCCAGCCCAAAUUCUUCCAACUGUUUUUCCAGGGCCUAAGUAAGGCAGGCAUUCCAAGCAGCCUACAGACUUGUGAAUUUACUGGAAAGAAACGAGUUCAAGAUGAAGCCAGACAAUUUGUGAUCAAUCAAAGAGCUAAGGAUUAUUGCUUAAUGGAAGAUAUAGAAGCCAAAUUUCAGGCCCAAGAGAAGAUUCUUCUUCAGGGAGAGAACCCUAAACGGACCCAUUGCAGGCUUCUUCAGAAAAUUCAUCAGCGAAGUCUCCCUGAAAGGAGACAUCACAGUCCUUCUUGGAGAAGGCAUAGUAAUCCCUCUGACAAAACACUUACAAUUCACAUAAGCCCAGGCUACACAUGCAUUCUUCCAGACUCAUUCGCCGUCAUUCUAAGAGAACUCACUAUGGUUCCUCUGAAAUCAGUCAGUCAUUCUGAGAGGAUGCACCGAAGCCACUAUGAGGGGAAUCAUCACUGUCACUGUGAGAGACCCUAUCACAGUCCCAAGAAAAGACUCAUGCAUUGUUCCCCUAAGGAGAGAUCCAGAUGUAGCUUGGCUAAAGAGUUCUUGGAAUCAAGGAGCAUAUCAAAACAUCCAAAAGCUGGACAAGUUUGGAGGCAUGAAAUAGAAGCGUUCAUAAUCCAUCAAGAAGUUAUUGCAGUCCCUCAAGAAGAAGCCCUCGCAGACACUCAGGGAGGACACCUCAAAGUCACUCAAGGAGGACCCCUAGCAGUCCCUCAAGAAGCAUCCACAAAAUUCCACCAGAGAAGUGCUUCCAGUCCCUCAAAAAGAAGACCUCAAAGUCUGCCAAGCAGGACACUUCAUAGUCCCCCCACGGAGGGAACCUCAAAAUCCUUCCAGGGUAGCUAUCAUCUCACAGAGAGUAGCAUUCGAAAUCCUUCAGGUAGUCCAUGCAGUCCAUCAAGGAGAACUGCUUGAUGUCCUUAGGGGAGAAACUCUCACAGUCCCUCUGGGAGGAGCCAUAGCAGUCCCUCAAGGAGGAUCCCUGACAGUCCCUCAAAGAGAAUUCCUUGCACUGCCUCAAGGUGAUGCCCUCAAAAUCAGACCAAGAGUAGCUAUCGGUCAAGGUCACUCAGGGUGUAGCAUUGGAAGUUCUUCAGGGAGUAGUAUAAUAGUACCUCAAGGAGUAGUACGUGAAGCCCUUCAAGGAGAAAUUCUCACAGUACCACGAGGAGAAGUGAUUGGAGCCCCAUGAGCAAAAGUCCUCAAAGUCACUCAAGGAGGAACAUUUGCAGUCCUUCAAGGCGGCAUCCACAAAAUUCCACCAGGGGUAGCUAUCCCAGUCCCUCAAGGAGUAGUCUUCAUAGUCCUUCAGGGAGGAUCCUGCAAAGUCCCUCAAGUAGAAGUGCUUGCAGUCCCUCAAAAAGAAGACCUCAAAGUCUGCCAAGCAAGAAACUUCACAGUCCCCCAAGGAGGGACCCUUAAAAUCCUUCCAGGGGUAGCCUUCACAAUCCCUCAGAGAGUAGCAUUCGAAAUCCUUCAGGUAGUUCAUGCAUUCACUCAAGGAGAACUGCUUAAUGUACUUAAGAAACCCUUACAGUUCCUCUAGGAGGAGCCAUAGCAGUGCCUCAAGGAGGAUCCCUGACAGUCCCUCAAGGAGAAUUCCUUGCACUCUCCUGGUGGUGCCCUCAAAAUCCCACCAGGAGUAGCUCUCUGUCACAGUCACUCAAGGAGUAACAUUGAAAGUUCUUCAGGGAGUAGCUUUCAUAGUCCCUCAAGAAGUAGUGCUUGAAGCCCUUAAAGGAGAAAUUCUCACAGUACCAUGAGAAGGAGUGUUUGCAGUCCCUUGAGGAGGAGUCCUCAAAGUCACUCAAGGAGGUACCUUCACUGUCCCUCAAUUAGGCAUCCACAAAAUUCCACCAGGGUUAGCUAUCCCAGUCCCUCAAGGAGUAGCCUUCAUAGUCCUUCAGGGAGGAUCCCUCAAAGUCUCUCAAGUGGAAGUGCUUGCAGCCCCUCAAAAAGAAGAGCACAAAGUCUUCCAAGCAGGAAACUUCACAGUCCCCAAGGAGGGGCAGUCAAAAUCCUUCCAGGGGUAGCCAUCACCAUCCCUCAGAGUAGCAUUCGAAAUCCUUCAGGUAGUCCAUGCAGUCCCUCAAGAAGAACUGCUUGAUAUCCUUAUGGGAGAAACCCUCACAGUCCCUCAAAGUGGAUUCCUUGCACUCCUUCAAGGUGGCACCCUCAAAAUCCCACCAGGAGUAGCUCUAGGUCAUAGUCACUCAGGUAGUAGCAGUGGAAGUUUUUAGGGUAGAGCUCUCAUAGUCCCUCAAGGAGUAGUCCUUGAAGCCCUUCAAGGAGAAAUUCUCGCAAGACCAUGAGAAGUGUUUGCAGUCUCUCAAUGAGAAGUCCUCAAAGUCACUCAAUGAUAAACCUUCACAGUCCCUAAAUGAGGAACCUUUGCACUCCUUCAAGAAGAAGUCUUUGCAGUCCCUCAGGAAGUAGCCUUCAAAGUCCUUCAGGGAGGAAUCCUCUCAGUCCCUCAAGGAGAAUUGUCUGCCGUUUCUUAAGGAGAAGUGUUCAAAUUUCCUUGAGGAGAAAUCCUCAAAGUUCCUCAAGGAGGAAACUUAGCAGCCCCUCAAGGAGGGGUCCUCAAAAUCCUUCCAGGAGUUUCCAUCACUGUCAGGGUCCUCCUCGUCCAGCAAGAAAGACGCAACGACACGAGCUCUUCCUUUUGCAGUUUAUUCCAGGACCCUUUUACAAUGCUUCUCCCUCCUGCUCUCCUG